AGUGGGAAGCGUAAAUCAGGGAAGGACUAUGUGACAGAUUUGAUACAGAAAAGACUGACAGCUGAGAUGUGCUGUAUACUCAGACUGUCCGCACCUCUCAAACAUCAGUUUGCUAAGGAACUUUGAUGUGGAGGCUGAAGCAUGAGAAUGAGCGUCAUCCCGCGUGAAGAAUUUCCCCCUCCCGUGGUUUGGAAUGUAAUGGACGGCACGAAUGUCUUGAUACCUCAGGAUCACAAUCUUGACUACGAGGAGCUGUUGGGUUCUGGUCAGUAUAAGGAGAGUUAUCGCGCAGACAUGAUCCGCUGGGGUGAGAUGAAGAGACAGCAGGACUCCGGCUUCUUCUGUAGACUGGCCAUCAAACGUGCCACACAGCCCUUUUGGAUGAUCAGCGAUUGCAGAAGGAAGUCAGACGUGCAGUGGUUCCGUGAAGAGUUUCCUGAUAGAUGCGUCUGCGUCCGUGUGGAGGCUUCUGAGCAGACGAGAUCGCAGAGGGGCUGGAGAUUCACCACAGGUGUAGACGAUGCCGAGUCCGAGUGCGGUUUGGAUGAAGGCGUGAAGUUUGACUAUAUCGUUAGGAACGAUGGAGCCGAUGACGUUCUGGAGAAACAUCUGGAGGAUCUACUGUCUUUGAUCAAGUCGCAGGAGAAGGAAUCAGACACACGAAAUGACAUCAAACAUCAAUAACAUUUUUGCCUUCAUAUCCUGCUCACUGGAGAACACGCAAACGGUUUUUGUAACAAAAAGGAUCAUUCUUUGCCUUGAUUUUAUACGCAUAGAAUUAUUUAUGAACGAUGAUUUAAAAAAAAAAGUAUGUUCUAUUGCAAUAUUAAUGUAUUAAUUAAACAAAUUGCAUUUUCAUUCUUUAAUCACUGAGGGGUGAAAGAACUGUGACCGUUCGGUCCGUCUAGUUCUUUGAUGGUUUUACGGAAAUGUUAAAAAAAAAAAAAAUAUCGUAAUAUCGUAACAUUUAACAUAAACUACACAAGAAAUGCAACGAAUCAGUUAUCAAUGCAUUUAUAUAGGUGACGAAAUACAUGAUUACAGCCAUAUAUUUAAACACACGGUACAAUGAAAAAUCAAUAAAAAAUACAAUAUAUAAAGAAUGA